AUGGAUGAGUUUCUGGCUGAUCUACGUGAGCUGGACGAGACGCAGGAGCGCGUUGAGGCUGUAAGUGAUGGCAUGCUACGCGUUCAGCGAACAGGAGAUCCCAUUAAAGCACGGAUGAUGGCAGAAAGCUGGAUCCAAGCAUUACGGGCUAGCGACUUUCAGUCGGAGCGCGUGGCAUUUUUGUACGUGGCCAACCACGUUCUGCAGAAGACCCUAUUUGGUGACCCAGAGAAUGGCAAAACACCGCUAUUUGUGAGUUUAUUCAGUCAGUAUUUAGAGGAGGCCGUGGCUCUUGUGUGCAACUCCCCCAUGGACCGACAAAAUGUCACACGACUUUUAGAAUUAUGGCACGAAAAGCAGGUUUUCACAAACACCCAGGUGCUGAAGAUGUGGCGCUGUACGGGCGAAGAUUUGCCGCAUUUUUUGGAGAAUGCAGCAUCCAUGAAUGGCAUUGCUGGGGACAAACAAGGUGAGAUGAAGAACAUUGAUGCAAAAAGGGAGCUGCCCGACAGCCAUGAUGCAGUUGACGAGCUUCAUGACGAGCUACCCAUAAAGCUCAACUCGCACUCAGUGAAUCCGGUGCUGGACGUGCUAAAGAAGAUGGACCACCACAGAGCGGCAGUGAAAUUUUUGGACCAAAAGAUUAAAGAAAGACAUCAAGUUCUGCUGAACGACACCAUUGCGAGGUAUCAGACUGCAGCGGAUCUCGUCGAAGACAAAUCGAUAGCUUCGUCGCAGAUAAGACAGCGUGCGGAGGAUUGCUUGAGAUUAGUGAAAGUGCGCAAUAAAUUCAUGUCAGAAUUGGGAGACCUAAAAGAGAAGCUUUCGGAAGCUGUUGUCGAUAUGAUCGAUUACGAGGAAGAGGCUGCGACCAAGAUUGAGCAAAAACUCGAGCAAUGUGAUGAAAUUGACUUGGGGCUUAUGGAUCUUGCAGAUCACCAAAAAAAGUUUCCUGAAGAAUGGCUGCGGGCACGAUUCGUUAGUUUGGAGCGUAGGAAGCGGCGUGAGGAAAUUCAGCGUCAAAAAGUUGAACAAAUCGCUCGUUUGCAUCAGGAAGCAAUAGCAGAGAGCGCAAUGCAUGCUAUGAGUCUGGAGGCUGAUAUGAAUUCAAACUCUGCAUCAGAGCUACAGUCGCUAUCUGGGGACCUUCGAGAUCGUCCAAUGGAAAAGGAUUCAAAGACCGACAACGAGAACGAGCUUGUCUGGAAUCCAAUUCGUAAGGAACUAGUGCCGCUUCGAAGUCUCAAUGUUGACUGGGAAGACUGGCGAGAUCAUUAA